AUGCAAAUUCUGCAUAAGGUCUCAUUGAAGGUAAAAGAAAUAUUUUUUGAAAUUCCAGGUGAAAUAAUCAAACCGAGAUUGGCUGCAGCACUAGCACUAUGUUUACCGUCACAUACCAAGAUAUAUAACGUUUAUGGUGCAAGUGAAUGUGGUAUUGUGUCUGUGUAUAACAUUAAAAGUGCUCCUGAACUAAACACAGCUGUUAUUGGAAGUCCAUUACCGAAUUAUCAAUGUUAUCUAUUAGACGAUAACAUGCACCAUGUUACUGUUGGUGAAAUAGGCGAAAUUUUUAUUAGUGGUCCUGGUGUAUUCAAGGGCUAUUCAGAUCCAACUUUAACCGAAAAAGCACUGGUUUCUAUACCAGGUAUCAAAGAAAAGUGUUUUCGUACAGGUGAUUUAGCUCAGUUCAGUAUAAGUGGUGAACUGACCUUCAGUUCACGAAGAGAUUUUCAAAUAAAACUUCGUGGUCAAAGAAUUGAAGUGGGGGAAAUCGAGAAUGUCAUUUUAGCAUCACUAAAUUGUAUAUCAGACUGUGUCGUUACAAAACAACAUGAUGAUAUAAUAGAAGAAGAUUAUUUAAUUGCAUAUAUUAUCACAAGUAAUAAAACGAUGAUCCCUGAAUUAGAAACACAUGUAAAACAAUUUUUACAAUUAAAUGUACCAUCAUACAUGAUUCCAUCAACAUUUAUGAUAUUAGACAAAUUACCUUUGAAUUCAAAUGGUAAAAUUAAUCGCAAGAAACUACCACAACCCGGCUAUUCAACUCACAAAGCGCAACAUCACAAUGGUGAAAUACCUUAA